GCCCUGCGGCUCGCCCGUGGCACGCGCGGCAUCUCCGGCCUAACCUGUCCCGAUGACUCAUGCUCGCUGCGCCCUUUGGUGACAUUGCCCGGUGUGUGCAGUCCCGGUGUGAGGAGUGCGGUGUUCGAUGUAAGUGUGUGCAGUGAUGUGGGAGUGACAUGUCGCGGCGCACCACGGCCCUGCUCGCGCCGCGACCGCUGCUGCUGCUGCUGCUGCUCGUGGCGCCGGCGCUCGCCAACCAACUCGAGGACAUACCGCACAAUGAAGUCAAAAACUGGGCGUUAAAAUUCGGCGUGGAUUUAUGGGAGUUCGGCCGACAUUUCACAAAAAUGAACCAGAUACAAAACAAAUAUCACGAAUACAACGUAGAGGUGGUACGCAAAGAUGGGCUGCUACUGGUGCGAGACCUCGCCGCUGAAGUGAAAAACCACAUGGAUUUCAAAAUCAACGCAGUCAUGCGCAUUAUGGACUCAGCCGAAGCAGCAGCCCUGUCAGCCAGCGGCAGCGACGGUUCCCCAGGAUCGUACUACGACGCGCGCUGGCUAAACGUCCACACGGAUGAUGGCACGCUGGCUGCGCGCGCAAGAAGACUCAUUCUUACACCGAGUCGUCAUUUUGAUCAUAUUGCUGUGAAUACCAGCUACAGUGCUGUGCUUAUGCCGCCUUAUAUUAAUGUGGAAGAUUUCGAAGUACAAAACCAAAUCGCGUGGUCGGAACAUUUGGAUCCAUUGUUCGUGAACAACUACGAAAUUGACGCAUCUCUUUCGUGGCAGUAUUUUGCUUCAUCUACUGGGUUUAUGAGGCGAUAUCCAGCAAUGUCGUGGCCACCAGAAGACGGUUACUCACACCACGCAAGAGAUUUCUACGACUUCCGAUCUUCCAACUGGUUCGUCGAGGCAGCCACGUCACCCAAAGACCUGGUGAUCCUUCUCGAUGACUCGGAUGACCUAGGCUCUUCGUACUGGAGGUUGGCGAAAGCGACAGUCUCAGGGAUUCUGGAUACGCUCGGACCAAACGAUUUUGUCAACGUUUAUCGCUACAGUGACACGGUUAAUGAAAUUCACCAGUGUUACUCCAAGAUCUUGGCACAAGCUGUUCCUGAGACAGUAAGAGAGCUAAAGAUUUCUCUAUGGGGCGCCGAGCAAACUGGCGGUGCUGCCAAUUUGACUGGAGCCCUUACAACGGCGUUCGAAAUUCUACAUCGAUACAACCGCACGGGUCAAGGUUGCCAGUGUAACCAAGCCAUAGCAGUAGUGGGCGCAGGCGGUGGCGCCGGUGGAGUCAAGAGCGUAUUCCGCAAUUGGAACUGGCCGCACAUGCCCGUGCGCAUCUUCACUUAUCGAGUAGGGGGAGACGCUACAGCUGGACAUAAUUUAAAGGAUAUGGCGUGCACUAAUAAAGGAUUCUACGUGACAAUAAACGAACACUCUGAAAUCCGAUCAAAGGUGCUACAUUUCGUGGAGGUGCUUGCGCGACCAAUGGUCAUGUACCAGACUAUGCAUCCAGUGCACUGGAGUCCUGUUUACGUCGGCGGCAGGAGUAGCAGUUUGGCAGACGAUGGGAUGGGUCAACUGAUGACUUCUGUCACCGUACCUAUCUUCGAUAGGAGAAACCAUACUCAAAGAGAAGCCAACCUCUUAGGCGUAGUUGGUACUGAUGUUCCUGUCGAUCAAAUAAAGAAGCUCGUACCACCAUAUAAGUUAGGCGUAAACGGCUAUUCGUUCAUGGUGGAUAACAACGGGCACGUUUUAUAUCAUCCGGACUUGAGACCACUGCAUACCAACGAGGAGUACACAGAAACACUGCGUCCAUUAUACUCAAGUGUGGACGUCACAGACGUGGAGCUCCUCGUCGAUUCCGAUGAGAACUCAAGAGUCAAUCUCACUGGGUUAUUGCUGGAUCUGCGACAUGAUAUGAUCGAGCAACGGGAAGGCGAAACAGAAAUUGCUGUCAAAGUUCAGUAUGACAAUAUGAGACGAGUCGCCACUAGACGUCAAAGGUAUUUCUACAGUCCUGUUGAUGGGACGCCAUAUUCACUAGCGGUAGUUCUCCCUGAUGGCUACGGCAUGUACGAACUACAGGCUGAGCAGGAAGUCAAACAUAGCACUGUUAAUGUGACGGAAUUCUUCAAAGGAGAAAACUGGAAAGUUCACCCAGACUGGGUAUACUGCGAAUACGCGUCGACAUCAGAACAAACGUUUAAUUCUCCUGAAGAGCAGUUACUCCAUUUUCUAUCAAGAGCCGGCCGACCUGGCUGGAAGUGGAUGUCCCUGCGACCUAGGGCUCUGAUGCUGCACAACGCACAUAAGAAGCAGGAGCGUGACUCCUAUUAUUGUGACAAAACCUUAGUGCAAUCACUAAUAAGGGACGCAAUGGUAAUUAAAGAACUGGACGCUCACAUUGGACAUGCAAGCCACCACAACCACCCGAUAGCGACAUUAAUGGCACUACUGACAAGACAAGGGCGUUUCCACAAGUUUGUAGUGUCGAUGUCAUUCAUCGCGACUCGCAGCGGCCUGCUCAGGUGGACUGACAACACCAACAGCACCAGGCCUACAGAGAGCUCAGAACCGCACUUCAGUGAAAAGUACGCCAGAGCAUACGACUCGGAGUGGUAUCGUCGGGCAGUGGAGCACCACUCAAUCGAACCUGAGAGUUUCGUCUUCUCGGUACCCUUCAAAGAUGCCUCUGAAGCCGAGGACUUGAGCGGAAAACCGCCACUAGUGCUGGCUACUCAUGCUGUAUUUGUGGAGUCGAGGGGCCACAGAGCACCAGCCGCAGUUGUUGGCCUGCAUUUCCAACUGGAUUCCCUCGCUAAACAUUUUAUUAACGUAACUUCUACGUGCACUUUGGGCACAACUUGCAAGAAAACAUGCGCAGGUGACGAAUUAGACUGCUAUAUCCUCGACGACAACGGCUUUAUCAUCCUGUCAGAAGACGUUUCCCAUACGGGAAGAUUCUUUGGGCAAGUGGACGGCACUAUUAUGGACUCAUUGGUGCAGGAUAGGAUUUACAAGAAAGUAACCGUUCAUGACCAUCAAGGCCGAUGCCCGGACUCAAGAAACCCUUUUAGCGGUGAUGGUCAUAAGUUGGCGCCAAUAAAACCGCUGUCAUGGGUAGGUGGCUAUUUGACCAGCUUACUAGCUGUGUGGUUUCCACUGUGGGAAUCUGUACGAGCGCGGCCACGUUCCUUCGCUGAGGAAGACAGUGCAGAUUAUGAAGACUACGAGAGCGAACAGGAUAGUGACGACGUAGAGCGCGAUCGAGGUACCUACGAGAUUAUCAUCGAUGGUUUGGGAACUACUGAGGACAAGAACCAUGAGGACCCGGGGCUACCGAUACCGGGACCAGCGCGAGAGCCACCCCGCGAGGCCGUAAGGUCAGCCGCAGUAAGACCAUGCGACACCAGUGCGGAGUUAUUCACAUUACAAUCGACACGCCUCACCGCAGCACAACCACUCAAAGGAAAGCUCACUAACUGCCAUAAUUCCGGAUGCGAGAGACCAUUCAGCGUUCAGAAGAUUCCCCAUAGUAACUUGAUCCUCCUGGUGGUGGACACCCUCUGCCCGUGCGGCUCCAAGCGUCUGGACGUGCGGCCGAGAGAAGCUCCCCCGCGCACCGCCUGCCGCCGUCACCCCGCGCACCCGCACCGUCGCAGACCUAGGCAUUGCGUCUCUUACCACCCUGAGGAAAUCGAAAUCCAGUCAUGCGGUCGUGGCGAGCGCAAACGACCCGUCCUCGGCUUGCUGGCGGUGAUGCUGUUGCAGCUAUGGCUGUCUCUCGCAUCGUGACUGUCGCAACAUUAAUUCUAAAACACCAACUUACAUAGAUUUUCCUCGGUCUCUUCUACGUCACAUGUGAGGCUGGCUUUCUGUACUUAAACAACAACUACAUCACUUCAGCUGUUGAAGAAGCUGCAAGGAAGCUUCAUAUGGGCGACGUUCGUCAGUGUUAAGCAUCGUGUGUGUGAGAACAGUUAAUGUGAUGAGUGCAAUAAUAUGUGAGGACAGAGAGUGGCGUCUGAGCCGCGACGUGACGUCACCGCAAGACGUCAACGCGCGCCUCUCGCGCCCCUUAUGGGUAUGAUAAUUUAUACGUGUAAUGCGAAGAGGUUAAAGUUUUGAUCAAUUUUUACCGACUGAAGUUUUGGUCCGACCAAAUGAACUCUUGAUCUUGUUUUGAGACAGGAUUAUCUAUUCGAAUUAGGAUACGAUAAUAAUUAAAAAUACUUCCCCUCUCUGUUAAGUUGUCACUUUUCAUAUUGUAACUAUAUUGCAGUUGCAUACAGCAAAUAGGUAGGUAACAAAUAUCUUGUUAAAUUUAAAUUGAGGAUUAUCACAAACUUGGAGAUCUUAUAAAUUAUUAUAGCUAAUGUUAAUAGGUAUUGAAAGAUAAUUAAUGUAAAAUAAUAACAUCGUUUGAAACUGUUUUAGAAAAAUUUACCUAUGUUAAACCUAACUCGAUUUAUUUCUUGAUUCAAAUUAAUCGCAAAGUUAUUGACUAGUUGCAUAGUUGAUGUAAAUAAGUGUUUUAUUUGUAGGCAAUUAUUUUGCUGAAUUUGUGUGUGCCUGUGUAACAAUUGUUGUAAAAGUUCGUCGUUACAUAGAGGCCGCAUCGGGGUGUUUGGUGUUUUCGUAUUAGAAAUUCACUAUGGCGUGCUUUGUAUAAUCGACGGCCUAACGUAUUAGCACUCUAAUGUCCUACACCAAACUAAGGCCAAAGUUUAUUUCAAUGGAAUCGGUCAAUUUGGCCUAAGAAAUAAAGUGUUCAAUUAAUAGAGGGUCCAGCCCCCACACAUGGCUACGAUGCGUUCUCUAGCGACCUUCUCAUUCGUCUAGUCGUUAGAUUUUCUCGCCUAAUCUUCAAAUAACAUUGUAUCGGAGAAACUAAUCAGUUUCCUAUUUUUAUUGUAAAUAUUUUACUAACUUAAAUGGCCUACUACAUUUUAAGAUCGUGUGUUGCUAAAGUUUAAUCAUUCCAAUUUGACUUCUAGCCGUAAAGAUGUACUACAACAUAUCCCCUAUCCAUUUGACUCUUACGUACUAUGAUGUCGACUUAAACCCAUUGACAAUAACAAUUGUGCUUCACCGCCUAGCGCUGAAACUAUUCCAAGCCAUAUUUCUGUAGUCGAUCGACAUUUUAUAGUAACCAAUACUGCCGACGUUAGUUGAAAAGGCGCUUGUGACAACAACUCAAAACCGAGAAAAUAAUGUUUAAAGAAAUUAAAUAUGAAAUUUCAGCUUUAGGAAUCUCUCUACAUAUGGAACAAAUGGGAAUAAAGAUAAAAACAUUAAACCUAUUCCCAUUAGUUCCAUGCAUGGAACUUUUAGUUCGCAAUUGUUCCAUGUGGAACUGAGUACAUGGAACUACAGGGAAUAAACCAUUUUCUUUUGUGGUAACUUCAUACCUUAUCCACCUAGGAAAAAAUAAAAAUAGUGACAGAUAAGCCUUUUUUUUCCACUAACGGCGGCAGAAUAAUGAAUGAUGAAAAAACAAAAUGAUGAAUC